AUGCAGGGUCAUGACGAGCCAUGUCGUGAACCCCCAGUGGACAAACGUUGCAGAAAGUUACGAAAAGCAAAAGUUAUUUCUUUUGGUUCUAACCAUAUCAUCACCAGCAAAGUUUCCAAACAUCUUAGUUCCUCCAGGAUAUUUACUAGUCCACUUGAUCUACAUCUACUUUUCCCACCUCAAGUCCUCAACAUUCUAUUUCUACCCACCAAGCAUCUUGAUCUCCUCAUAUUUCUUUCAUCACCUCAAAAUUCUUACGCUUUAAAGCCGCCUUGUUCCUUUCCCACUCUUUCGUGCACUCAAACACUGCAAAACCUUACCUCUUGUCCCUUUACAUUACCUCCCUCCCUUCACUCAAACAACCUUGAGACACACACACACACACAACCCUUCCUCCUUCUCUGUUUGUUUACUUUAGGCAAGCGAUCCGUUCAGUCAACAAUGAAGCUUGGGACCCCAACUUCCCUUUUUGAGGGCGACCCACCAUGCAAAGCCAGGAGGAAAACCCAAACGAAGCUCGUUCGGAUCAUACUCACCGACCUAGACGCAACUGAUUCCAGCGACGAAGAGCGACAAAACAAGCCAACGAGGUCACCAAGAGUGAAGAGGGAAAUCAUCCAGAUCAAAAUGCACCUACCUUUCUCAGAUUCGCCUCCUCCUCCUUCCUCCUCUUCUUCCUCGGACCAUGACCCGGCCAAGCGCAAGAAACCCAAGAAACCGGCACCCUCCACCUUCGCCUUGCACCGCCACAAGUUCCGUGGCGUCCGGCAGCGGCCCUGGGGCAGGUGGGCAGCCGAGAUCCGUGACCCUAUCCGUCGGAAACGGCUCUGGCUCGGUACCUUCAAUACGGCGGAGGAGGCCGCCCUCGAGUACGACAAGGCGGCGGUGAAGCUCAAGGGCCCAAACGCCGUUACAAACUUCCCAAGGAAUCCGAUGGAGGGCGAGGCAGCGACACCGACACCGACGGUCGCCGUCGACAGCAAUAUCAUAGACGUCGGCGCUCCGUACUCCGAUGCUGUCGCGUCGCCGACGUCCGUCUUGGCGUACGACGGCGAUUUGACGCCGUUCGACGGUUUCCGUUUCGGCGACGACGUGGACGCGUUCGGGUUCAACUUCGACGUGCCGUUAAGUCUGCCGGACGGGGACGAAAUGAUGACGUGUCAUCAGCGGUUUGAGAAGGAGGAGGUGUUCGGCGAGUUUGAUCUCGACGAGUUCAUGACGUGGUCCUACUAAAAUUCUUAGGGACCUAUUUGAUUUUUUCACUGAAAAAGUCGGGGAAAGUUUGGUAAUUGCUGUGUUAUGCUACGUGUGAAAUUCUGAAAGUGCCCUCGCUGAAGUUUUGUUGUGCUUGGUGAAAGAGUGUAGAAUUAUUGUAGUGGUACGGUACAAUCCCAUCUUAGCACUGAAGCGGCGAUUCUUUGUUUCGUGGCAAGAGAUUAUUUCUCAGAAAUUAAUUUGUUAUUAUUAUGGAAAAAAUAUUGAAAAAAGAAAUAGAAGUAAAGCAAGUUAGUGAGCGAGAAGACUCAUAGCCAUAGG